UUCUUUGGGCAUCAUAAACAACCACAGAACCACAAGUUGGGUAGGCUGGCAGUGUCAGCAGUGUAAGCCCAGCGCAGUGGUCAGCAGGGAGGGCGAAUCAUACCGAAUGUAAACCACAGACUUUCGCAGAGCGGUAAAAGAAAUCAUUGAAUUCCCCGCCUUCGGAAGAGGUGCAUUUUCAGAAGGAAACAAUGGCUUCAGACAGCAUUUUUGAGUCAUUUCCUGCAUACCCACAGUGCUUCAUGAGAGAAUGCAUACAUGGAAUGAAUGCGUCCAGAGAUGCUCCUGAUGCCAGCACGAGCCGCCGCUUCACGCCGCCUUCCACCGCGCUGAGCCCCGGCAAGAUGAGCGAGGCGCUGCCGCUGGGCGCCCCGGACGGCGGCGCCGCCCUGGCCAGCAAACUGAGGAGCGGCGACCGCAGCAUGGUGGAGGUGCUAGCCGACCACCCCGGCGAGCUGGUGCGCACCGACAGCCCCAACUUCCUCUGCUCCGUGCUGCCCACCCACUGGCGCUGCAACAAGACCCUGCCCAUCGCUUUUAAGGUGGUAGCUCUGGGGGACGUUCCAGAUGGCACCCUGGUCACUGUCAUGGCCGGCAAUGAUGAGAACUACUCUGCUGAGCUGAGAAACGCUACCGCAGCCAUGAAGAACCAAGUUGCCAGAUUCAAUGACCUCAGGUUUGUCGGUCGGAGUGGUAGAGGUAAGAGCUUCACUCUGACCAUCACCGUCUUUACAAACCCACCGCAAGUCGCCACGUACCACAGAGCCAUCAAAAUCACAGUAGACGGCCCCCGAGAACCCCGAAGACAUCGGCAGAAACUAGAUGAUCAGACCAAGCCCGGGAGCUUGUCCUUUUCCGAGCGGCUCAGUGAACUGGAGCAGCUGCGGCGCACGGCCAUGAGGGUCAGCCCCCACCACCCAGCCCCCACGCCCAACCCUCGGGCCUCCUUGAACCACUCCACUGCCUUUAACCCUCAGCCUCAGAGUCAGAUGCAGGAUACGAGGCAGAUCCAGCCAUCCCCACCAUGGUCCUACGAUCAGUCCUACCAAUACCUGGGAUCCAUCACCUCUCCCUCCGUGCACCCAGCAACACCCAUUUCGCCUGGACGUGCCAGUGGCAUGACAAGUUUCUCUGCAGAACUUUCUAGUCGACUUUCAACAGCCCCAGAUCUGACAGCCUUCGGUGACCCGCGCCAGUUCCCUGCGCUGCCCUCCAUCUCCGACCCACGCAUGCACUACCCCGGUGCCUUCACCUACUCCCCGACACCUGUCACGUCGGGCAUCGGCAUCAGCAUGUCUGCCAUGAGCUCGGCCUCACGCUACCACACCUACCUGCCACCGCCCUACCCCGGCUCCUCGCAGGCUCAGGGGGGGCCCUUCCAGACCGGCUCACCCUCCUACCACCUGUACUACGGUGCCUCUGCCGGCUCCUACCAGUUCUCCAUGGUGGGGGGCGAGCGCUCGCCCCCACGCAUCCUGCCCCCCUGCACCAAUGCAUCCACCGGCUCCGCGCUGCUCAACCCCAGCCUGCCCAGCCAGAGCGACGUGGUGGAGGCCGAGGGCAGCCACAGCAACUCGCCCACCAACAUGGCACCUGCCCGCCUGGAGGAGGCCGUCUGGCGGCCCUACUGAGGCGCCCACUGUGGGACUGAGUCGGUCUUCCCUGCAGCCCGGGCUGCACCUGCCGUCUAUGCAUAGCGAAGUCUGGGCUCUUGCCCACACAGAGCAUCCUCCCUGUGGCCCAUCCGCAGGUCUCUCAACCCGGACACAA